UCGAAGAUUUGUGCUCUCUCCCUGCUUCCUAGAAUGGGCUGCAAUUUGUGCACUUUUCAGAAAAGAGAGGAACACUACAAACUCCUGUACGAAGUUUCCCAGGUCAAUGGCAAGGAUCUGUCAAAGGCCACCCAUGAAGAGGCAGUGGAAGCUUUUCGAAACGCCAAGGAGCCCAUCGUGGUGCAGGUGUUAAGACGGACUCCCCUCAGCCGACCGACGUAUGGCAUGGUCCCAGAAGUCCAGCUCAUGAAUGCCAGCACACAGACGGACAUCACGUUUGAACACAUCAUGGCCCUGGCCAAGCUUCGACCCCUUACUCCUCCAGUGCCAGACACCUGUCCAUUUCUGCUUUCAGACAGCUGUCACUCUCUCCAUCCUAUGGAGCAUGGAUUUUAUGAAGACAAUGAGUACGUCCCCAGCUUGCCGGCUGAGGCAGAAAGAGCAGAAGACUUCGAGUAUGAGGAGGUUGAGCUGUGUCGUGUUAGCAGUCAAGAGAAACUGGGCCUGACGGUCUGCUACCGAACCGACGAUGAAGAAGACAUGGGCAUUUAUGUCAGUGAGGUUGACCCAAAUAGCAUUGCUGCCAAGGAUGGCCGGAUUCGAGAAGGGGAUCGUAUUUUACAAAUAAAUGGGGAAGACAUCCAGAACCGGGAAGAGGCCGUGGCUCUGCUGUCGAGCGAGGAGUGUAAGAGACUUGUGCUCCUGGUCGCCAGGCCCGACAUGCAGCUGGAUGAAGGCUGGCUGGAAGAUGAAAGGAAUGAAUUCUUAGAGGAGUUAAACUCAGAGAUGCUGGAGGAAGAACAUAAUGAAGGGGCCCAGUGCACAGCCAAUGAGCUACAGCAGCCAAAGAAGCAGGAAGAAGAAGAAGGCACAACAGACACAGCGACAUCUUCUUCCAACAACCAGGAGAAGGACAGUGGAGUGGGGCGCACGGAUGAGAGCUUGCGGAAUGAUGAGAGCUCCGAGCAGGAGAAUGCAGUCGAGGACCCCCAUAGAACGUCUUUGAAGAGCAAGAGAGAGCUGGGGCAAAGCCAAGACACCCUAGGAAGCCUUGAGCUUCAAUGCAACGAGAGCUUUGCUGGUGGAGAGUGCUUGGACUCGGACUGUGCCGGCAACCACGAGGUGUGUGAAGGAUUCCAGCAGCUGCUGGAGCUUAAGAUUCGAAACCACGGAGACUAUGACCUGUACUACUCAAGUAGCACAAUUGAAUGCAACCGAGGGGCGCAGGACGAGGUGGAGCAUGAGCUGCAGCUGCUUAACGAAGAGCUAAGAAACAUUGAGCUGGAGUGCCAGAACAUCAUGCAGGCUCACAGGCUCCAGAAGGUGACGGACCAGUAUGGAGACAUCCGGGCACUGCAUGAUGGAGGAUUCCGAAACUACAGCACCAGCCUGGAUACGACGAGGGGAAAACUGGAUGACAUCAUGGAACAUCCCGAAAAGUCAGACAAGGACAGCUCAAGUGCAUACAACACAGCCGAGAGCAGCAGAAGCACUCCACUAACUAUAGACCGAUCUCCCGACAGCUCCCUUCCAAGAAUGAUCAACCUCGCCAAUAAGAAAAAUCUGAGAAGCACAAUGACAGCCCAUCAGUCCGCUUCCAGACCCAGCACCAAGGAAUACACGUCUACCCAUGUCAAAACCACUGAUGAAGGUUGCAGCAUUGAAAGCCUGGAGAAGAGUCUAGAAACUCACCAGCUUCUGGAUCAGGACAACACAAUCAAUGAGCACACUCCAUAUCUCUCUCCUUACCACAGCUCCGCCUACAGAUAUGCCAACAUCCCUGCGCAUGCCCGGCAUUAUCAAAGCUACAUGCAGUUAAUUCAACAGAGAUCUGCCGUGGAGUACGCCCAGAGUCAGCUCAGCUUGGUGAGCAUGUGCAAGGAAUCGCAAAAGGGCUCAGAGCCCAAGAUGGAGUGGAAGGUAAAAAUUAGGAGUGACGGAACCCGGUACAUAACAAAGAGACCAGUGCGAGACCGAAUUCUGAAGGAACGUGCCUUAAAGAUCAAGGAGGAGAGGAGUGGCAUGACGACAGACGACGACACCAUGAGCGAGAUGAAAAUGGGGCGCUACUGGAGCAAGGAGGAGAGAAAGCAACAUCUGGUCCGGGCCAAGGAGCAACGCCGGCGCAGGGAGUUCAUGAUGCGGAGCCGGCUGGAGUGUCUCAAGGAGAGCCCGCAGAGCAGCGGCGAGGGCAAGAAGGAGUUGAGCAUCAUAGAACUGAGCCACAAAAAGAUGAUGAAAAAGAGAAACAAGAAAAUUUUGGAUAACUGGAUGACAAUCCAAGAACUGAUGACCCAUGGAGCCAAAUCUCCAGAUGGCACGAGAGUCCAUAAUGCCUUUCUGUCGGUGACCACCGUAUGACCAGGCGAAUGGGACAAGUGGCUUACGGAGCAUGCUACCAGUUUCGGUAGAGUAUGAUUGCCUCGUUCAAUGUGGCAUUUUUAUAUAUAUUUUGUGACUUUACAGUUUAAAUUUUUUGUAAGCAAAAAUAUCUGGUACUUUUUAAUUUGUUUUUCAUAUGCUGGUACCUUCUUUGGCUACUAUCUUUCCUUAACUUGUGAUAUAUUCAUAGCACUCAUUUAUAGAAAAAAGAUAAAACAAUGAAAAAACAAAGGAAAGGAAAAAACUCAAACAAAAACUAAGGCUCUAAUUAAUUUCCUAUUUUAAUGUAUCGAUUGUAAGUUAAAAUCUGGAUUUAUUUCUCUAAUUUUCUUAUUUUCUAUUUUAAUAAUUCAAUGUCAAAACACAUCUAUGCUUACUUCCUGGCAUAGUGAAUACUAAAUCAAAUCUGCUCGUAAACUACAUGCCACAUCUUGUCUUAUACAUGGAAUAACACCCCUUUUAACGGCCUUGUGUACUUUUAGCACAUUAAUGGCAGUUGUCUUUGUCUCAGUAAAGUGUGGGUGGACAAUCUUCCUGUGAUAUGUAGUAACACUGGUCA